AUGUCGUUCGUCUCAGAAAAAUUUCUUCCUUCGGGCACAUAUAUUAUAAUCAAUGCCAAGUACGACCUCUCCAUCGCGUGUCAUGUUGAGGACAAUGUGGGUAGCUUGGUAUCGCAUGCGAACAAGGAUUUUGGAUGGAAGAUUACUUUGUUAGCCCAGAAGAAGUGGAUAAUCCAAAGUUGUUCCAAUGGAUUCUCGGCAAAUAUGCCGCCAGACGCAGAGGAGGAAGACGAGAUCAACGCAAAACCAGGUCAAGACCAACCCCACCAGUGGGUAAUCAAACGACGUCAGGCAACGGACACGUACAUCACAGAUGAGUCGAGUUGGUGGAAGUUCAGCAAAGUCGAGGAACCAGUCAUGGGUGCUAAGAUGGAAAGCCACCCGGAACCCCUACCUGUUUCUGUCGGAAAAUGUCUGAACCUCGUUCGCAUUCAUCGCGAAGUACAAGGCAUCCUAGAAGUACAAAGCUUCAUCAGCUCAUGGGACUCUGUCAAUGAAGCAAUGGUACUUGACACAAGCGGUGCAAACUCUUGUGUUAUGCAAGCGGUGGACGAAGCAACCGUGGUCGUACUUGAACUCUUUCACACAAAAAAUACACAUAGGCGCAAUCCACUUAGCUUACCAGCCAAGCAAGAUGUCAGCAGCAACUUAUGGAUCACUUCUAUCUUUGACGGACAGUCUCAACCAAAAUCAGGCGCACCCAGUUCAGAACCAGGCUACAAUGCUAUAGUCAUGGUUCAUUUGAGUGUUAAGAUGACCGUAGAUCUAAAUGAUCCGGGCAAGCCAACCCCAGGAAACUAUAAGAUCAUUUUCGUCAUUGAUGAUUCCGGCUCAAUGAGCGGCGGACGAUGGAAACAAGUCAGGGCCGCUCUUGCUGAAAUCGGGAAGGAGGCUAUGCAAUACGAUGCAGACGGAGUUGAUGUAUGCUUCAUCAACUCUCCGGUGCACAAAGAACUUGUUAAGGUCAGCAAUUACCUAGCAUUCCUUAUUGCCGAACUUAACAAGCAUAACCAGACGCAAGAGGAAAUUCUGAGUGUCUAUGACCAAGUUCAGCCGUCAGGCUUCACCCCCACCGGUGCCAAACUGGAGGCGAUUCUGGGACCAGUUAUCGAAAAGCUAGACGCCGCGGUGGACACGCAGGCCUACGGUCACAUUAAACCCGCGGACAUCAUCGUCCUUACUGACGGUGUUCCAACCGACGAUCCUGCGGCGGUCAUCCAAACAGCCGCGCAGAAAUUAGAUGAAGGACUUCAUCACAUGAACGCGGUUGGAAUCCAGUUUGUGCAGAUAGGCAACGACGAGGGGGCAGACCAAGCUUUGAUGGCUUUGUGCAAUGGUCCUGUUCGCGUGAGGUCUCUUAUGUUUCGUCUCUUGCAUCGAGACUGA